AUGUUCAGAUCACUUUCUGUGGAGCAUAGCGCAAACAAGCUGGCCGCGCCAACAGACGGGAAAAUGAUUUUCAUCAACCAAUACACUGGAAGGUUGAUGGAAACACCAUUACACAAUUGUCGAAUGCAAAGAUACUGCCAAACUCAUCCUACUUUUUUGAAUCCUUCUAGAGAAUUUUUAAUACGAGUUUCAUACAUAGAGAUCUACAAUGAGGACAUCAAAGAUCUGCUGAAUCCUGCGAAAACCAAUCUCAAAAUACAUGAAAAUGCUCAGAAACAAGUCUACGUUGGUGAUCUGACAGAGGAGGUGGUAUCCUGUAGCGAAGAUGUCUUCAAACACAUGAUGCGAGGAGAGAAAAAUCGACAUUUUGGUGUUACUAAUAUGAACGACCGCAGCAGCAGAAGUCAUACAAUUUUUCGGGUGGUUAUCGAGAGCCGUGAAAUGAUGGACGAAAGCAAGACUCCUGAUACAAUAGACGGUGCAGUUCGAGUAGCACAUUUGAACCUGGUUGACUUAGCAGGCUCGGAAAGAGCAUCGCAAACUGGAGCUUUUGGUCAAAGAUUGAAAGAAGGCGGGCACAUAAACAAGAGUCUUCUGGCCCUGGGCUCUGUUAUAGCCAAGCUAAGUGAAGGAGAAAGUUUUAUACCAUUCCGGGAUUCAAAAUUAACCCGAAUAUUACAGUCGUCGCUCGGAGGAAAUGCAAAGACCUCCAUGCUAUGUACGAUCACUCCAGCGGCGAUUGAAGAGUCAAUUAGUACUUUAAAGUUUGCCAGCCGAGCGAAAACCAUCAAAAACUGUCCAGAAGUUAACGAGGUACUUGAUGAUGGAACACUUCUAAAGCGUUACAGAAAGGAAAUUCGUGAGCUUAAACAACAGCUUGUCGAGAUGAGCAGUAGUUCGCAUGUACAAGAGCUACUACUCGAAAAAGAAAAAGUGAACGAGAUGGAGGAAAUGUUGGAGCAGCAACGGCGACAACAGAACGAACAAGAAGAAAAGAUUAAAAGGUUGUGCAAUAUGAUUUGCACUGCGGGAGGAGAGACUGGGAAUAACCGAAGUAAACAAAAAUUGGCAAAGAGGCGUGAAACCUGGUGUCCAGGUGCUGGUCUUUCAAAGGCUCCGCUGGCCUCCACUGUUUUUAGUUCAGUGAAAAGUCGACUGCAAAGAAUCCCGUCGAGUCCCAGUAGCGACGAGAGUGAGUUUGGCGAGAUGACAAAAGAUAUGUUCCUAUCGACGUUAGAGGAGGAAGAGGACAUAAAAUCUUCAGAAAGCGGGAAAAAACGGCUGAUAAAUCAUUUUUGUUUGUUUGUCUAA